AUGCCGCUCCCUCAGCCGGCCGUGGCCUUGAAUAACAUUUGUUCUACCAUUUUCAACAACACUCUCUACACCUAUUCUUCAUCCGCUUUCCAGUCCCUCGAUCUGACGUCGGGCGCCAAGUGGAAGAAGCUGGACUACAGUAAUACGUCUGUGUCCGGUGCCGUUUGCGUUGGCUCUACGCCAGGUGAUCCCACGCUGGCAGCCUUCUUUGUCGUUGGCGGCAAAACUGACGCUGCCGACUAUCCCGGUCUCCAGAAAUACACCUACGCAACCGGUGUAUGGGAGACAAUAACCCUCGCGUCGCUUGUCACGCAAAACCGACUGAAUCAUGGCGCCGCCUACAUCAACGCGACGGACAGCAUUUUGGUAUAUAGUGGUCAGCAAGAUGACUCUACCGGUGCCUCGCAGCAAACGUACACUAUUGGGGCAUCGGCUCCGUAUAUAGUCAAGUCGGUUUCAUCACCCGCGGCACCGUUAACAUUGAACCCGAUUCUUUUGGAAUGGUCCGACUCCCAGAUCGCCAUGAUUGGUGGAAGCUCAACCAACACCGCUGUCAUGCUCUUUGAUAGUGCCAGCGAGAACUGGAUCAACUCGGGCGCCAAUCUACUGGACCCUUUGACUACCAACACGACCGGGUUGCAAGCGGCAUUGAUUAUGGGCGACGACAACAGUAAGAAUCUGUACACAUUCGAUGUCACUGUAUCGCCCAACCAGGUCAAGCAUAUCGUCCUGCAGGAUGGUACUGGCGCACCUGUGGUAAACGCCGGGCCCUCGAAGCGGUCUGCGCAGGAAGAUGCGACAUGGAACGCAGAGCUUUCUCGUCGUGCCUCACUGACGGCGAGCAAUUGGCCCGCGUACAACGCUUCUCUUGCACCGACAACGACGCGGUCUGGGUUUUCCAUUGCCGAAGGUCUGGAUGGCAUGGUUGUGCUUUCUGGUGGUGGUGGCAGCGAUGUCCUUUGCGUAUUUAAUGGGCGCUCGAACUCAUGGCGCAAUGCGACGCAGAUGCUGUCCGCCAAAAAGUCACUGGUACAGACCAGUUCUGCAUCAUCUUCUUCUUCAACGACCGCCCCGACAACGCUUGUUAUCGCCCCCAGUUCGGCUUCGGUCUCCGCGACUUCUACACUUGCAGCCACUUCUUCUGCCGCUGCCGCACCGGCCCCGGUGUCCCACAACCUUCCCACGAAUGCUGUUCUGGGUAUUGUUUUGGGCGGCGUUGCUGCAAUGGGCAUUGUUCUUAUUGGCCUCUACUUCCUGAUCAUGCGCCGCCGCAAGCGCCGGAAUUUCCUCGAGGCCGCUCAUAGUCGGCGGGCAAGUGGUACGUCCUCAUCUGAGAAGGAUGCAUUUGCUAUUGCUAGCGACAGCUUCCCGCAGCGUCCGAAUGUCGGUAGUAAAGGCACGUUCCGUGCCGGCCACCAGGCGCAAGACUCGCAGGGCUCCUUCUCUUCUGUGGCCAUCUUGAUGGGGCGUGUCAACCAACCCCGUCAGCCCGACACCAUCCAGAGAAACAACAGUGGUGGCGCAUCUAGGCGCGGCUCAACAAGCGACCCCUUCAACAAGGGAUUCAAGAGUACCAUCAGUCGCCCGAUUCCCCAAACCCAACCUGGGCCAAGCAUGUCUGCCAACUCCGUUUCGCGCGAAAUGCAGUUCGAGCGCGGUGCCGGAGCCGGAGCCGGAGCCGGUAUUGGGGCGGGGGCGGCCUCGGCUGCUACUGGUUCUUAUGGCCGCAGUGUGACCGACCCGAAGCAGCAGCAUCAACAGCAACACCAGUCGCAGCAAAGCAACAACCAAAGCGGCACACGCCGCUCUUCAGGCUGGAACCGCUACUGGUCGGGAGGCAGCGCGCUGAACAUGCUUGGCUUCGGUAGUGGUAACGGCCAUAACAGCCGCAGCUCCAAGCGCACAACGGUCGCGAGCGACGCGAGCAGCAACUAUUCGACUAACAAUCAAAACCGCAUAACGCAAGACUCAGCGACUGUUCCGCCGCUGGACAUUCCCGGCAUGCCGGAGGCGAAACCACGUUUCCAGCGAGUCAACUCGGGCUCGCCCACAAUAUCCAACUAUGACAGCUAUCUGAAGGAUGGGAUGCAGGGCAAGAUCAUGCGCUCCACCAGCCAGACGUCGUCAAAAUCUGGAUACUCAAGCGGCAUCCCCGCCAGUGUUCAUGAUAUGUGGGACCCGACGUCAUCGUCCGACCACCAGCCCUGGGGCUCCAACCGUGCACCAAGCAGCGCGUAUGGAUCGUCCACCCAAAUCACGUCUCUUGGCCCGGCAUCUGGAUCGGGCGGCAAGAAGUCGUAUGUGCCGACAGGCAUGAGCCGGCAGCCACAGCUGGCCAUGGCUGACACGUCGUCAGACAUGAGCUGGCUGAACCUGGGGGACGUGAACGCUCGUGUAUGA